UUUGACACUGAAGUUUGAAACUAACGAGCUCCUAAUUUACUAUCUUGCAUUGCUACAAUAUCGUAUACUAAAUUUUUGAUCUACUUCAUUUGUAAAGUUUAGAUUCGAAGUCUCUAGGGUGAAUAAUAAUAAAAAAAUAUCUGGUUUUAAGUAAUUCAAGUAUUGUGAGCAAUAUGGUAACUAUAGUAAAUCUUAAAGGAUUUGAUGAGUUUGUUAGUUACACCGAAAAUAUAGAUCCAAAUGGUUCCAUUACUCUCUUCUACUUCAGCGGUUCGAAGACGAAUAAUGGGAAGAGUUGGUGUCCUGAUUGCGAAGUGGCUGAACCAAUAGUAAAAGCAUUUUUGGGUGAACUAAAGAAAAAUGUAACUUUUGUGUUUGUUGAUGUUGGUGAAAGAGAUUAUUGGAAAGAAAAAACAUGUCCAUUCCGAUUGGAUAGUCGAACAAGACUAAUGGUUAUUCCAACAAUAAUUAAAUGGAAAGGUGUUCAAAGACUUGAAGGUUCCCAGUGUAAUAAUAGGGAACUACUACAAAUGCUAUUUGAAGAUGAGGAUGAUUAAUUUUUUUUUAUUGAAUAUAUAAUAAUACACUAAUAAUGAUGAAUGAAUAUUUGUUAUAUUUGGUAUGUUACAGUACCUUUUUUUGUCCAUAACAUUCAAUGUUUAUGGAGUUUCAAUAUCUGUUAGUAUAUUUAUUGUUGUUCAUUGAUUUUAUAACACAUUAUAGUAUGUAAACUUAUAUGAACCUUAAAAAUAUAGGUGCAGAAAUAUCUUUUGUAAUACAAUAUUCAACCAAGGUAAUGGAAAUUAGACCAGUUUUUAUUAGGUUUAUAAAAUUACAUCCUUUUUUGAGAACUUUAUUGAUGGAGUUUCUUGUAUAAGUUAAAUAACUUCUUCAAUUGAUGAUGUAACAUGAAAUUCAAUAUCUAUUAUUGUUUUAUUUAUCAAAUGUGUAUA